AUGGGUCGCAAGGGAACCGCCAAACCGGUUCGGCGCCCCAAGGCUGCCAGGGACGACGAGGAAGGAGAAAUCUCUGACGCCGAAUCUGCCCCCAUGUCUGAAUCGGAUUCGGACGCCGGAGAUGGCCCAGAAGACGAAGACCGUCCCAUCUUUCCUUACGAAAAGCUUUACUACUCGGCCAAAGAGAAAUCGGAAAUCAUGGCCAUGCCUGAAAUCCAACGUGAGGAGUUGCUUUCUGAGCGUGCUCAACAGGUGGACCGCUACAACCAAGACCUUGCUUUACGUCGCCUUUUGGCUUCUCGUGAGCGUGAAGAACAGCGAGCCGCCAAGAUGGUGAAGCGCAAGGCUGGAUCUGCUGGACUUGAUGAUACUCAGCGCAAGAGCUCGCGCCAAAAGACGACUCUUGGUGGCCGUAAGGUCGGUGAAGCCUCCGGUGCGAUUGAAGCAUACAAGCGCCAGCGUGAGCAGAAGGGCAAACGUGAUCAAGUCCGUGGCCCAGGCACUACCCAGACUCGCCGCCGUUCUCGCUCUGCAGUUUCUGAUGAGGACGAGGAUGCCGAUGCUGAAAGUGAUCUUGAACUGGAUGACCGUGUAGGCCGUUCGCCAUCCAUCCCCAAGGAUGACCCACCUGCUGAACUCCGCGACAUCAACCGUGCUCGUGUGGGACGCAGCAACUUUGCUCAAGUCUGCUUCUACCCAGGCUUUGAGGAUGCUAUCACUGACUGCUAUGCACGUGUCAACAUUGGGCCUCACCAUGAAACCGGCGUGAAUGAAUACCGCCUCUGUUUGAUCACGGGCUUCACAGAGGGCAAGCCUUAUGCCAUGGAGGCUCCCAAUGGGCGUGACUUUGUUACGAACCAGUAUGCCAAGCUGGCCCAUGGAAAGGCUGCUGAAUACAACCGUUACCGCAAGACCCUUGCCGUGGAGGAUAUCAAAAUGGCCACCAAGACCAAGUUGGCUAUCAAAGUUGCUGAUAUCAACCGUUUGAUCAACCAUCAAUUUACCAAGGAGGAGCUGACCGAGAAGCUUCGGAAGCAAGGUGCCUUGAGCUUCAAGGCCAAUGUCCGCAAGCGCUUUGACCUGGAGCGUGAUAUGCAGUUUGCCAAGGCCAACGGUGAUUACGAGCGAGCCGAAGAGCUGCAGAAGGAGUUAAACCAAAUCCUCAACCCCAACCUCUCCUGGGGUACCUCUCUCAACAAGCAACCCGCCGACAAGACUCUUACCGAGGCUGAACGCGUCCACCAAAUCAACCUUCGUAAUCAGAAACUGAAUUACGAGAACGUGCGCCGUGCUCAGCUCGAAGAGCGCAAAGCCGCUCGAAAGGCUGCCGCAGCCGUGGCUCGUGGCGAGGCGGUUGCUGAUCCCUUCAUGCGUGUGCGUACGGUUGCCAAGACUCACCAUGAUGUCUCAGACAAGCCCAAGGAAACGGCAGUUAAGACAGAGACGCCUGCGGAAGAUACUCCCAAGAAGCCUUCUGUCACCCCUUCCAAGGCUUCAACUCCCUCCGGCACCACUCCGAACAAACGCAAGACCAACUUCAUGAUCACAUACGCGAAAAAUGAUGAUGAGAACAUCGCAGCACUGGAUCUGGAUAUCGACAUCGACAUCUAG